UGACAUAGUGAAAGAUUGAGACGUAGACAUUGGACGACAGCCAGUUAUAGACAAGAUUUCCGCGUUUAAUCAUGUUCAGCGAGGAUGGCGAUCGUGAGAAAUCGCUCGCAUGGCGCUACCCUCAUCUCACCGCUGAUAUCGAAUAGAACUCGGCGACCUGAGGGCGUCGGCUAUGAAAAACUUCACAAAUAUUCAAGUAGACGAGUCCAAUAUCCUCACCUGGCAAGGCCUCAUAUUGCCGGAUAAUCCACCAUAUAACAAAGGCGCAUUUCGCAUCGAAAUCAAUUUUCCUGCAGAAUACCCUUUUAAACCACCAAGGAUAAAUUUUAAAACGAAGAUAUAUCAUCCAAAUGUAGAUGAAAAGGGUCAAAUAUGUUUGCCAAUUAUAAGCGCUGAAAAUUGGAAACCUGCUACAAAAACGGAUCAAGUGAUUCAAGCAUUAAUAGCAUUAGUGAAUGAUCCUGAACCUGAACAUCCAUUGAGAGCGGAUUUAGCUGAGGAAUUUCUGAAAGAUAGAAAAAAGUUUUUAAAGAAUGCUGAGGAAUUUACGAAAAAACAUGCCGAGAAGAGGCGGGAAUCAUCAUCUUCUAACGAAUAACCCCGAGUAAUUAGCUUUACUCAUCACCACUACUACUACCACCGCAACCACCACGAUGCCUGCCGCUCGUCAGUUGAUUCAAACUCAAGCCAAUGUAUACCUGUCUGUUAAUCCCCAUGGAAUCUCAUAGAUCAAGUUGAGAUGACUCUGUACAGUAUUGGUUAACACCGACGAUAUGAAUAUACGCAAAUUGUAAUAUUUAUAAGAAAUGGUAUGAAUUUUUCAGAGUACAGUAAAUUACAUGAUAAAUAACUCUGUAUCAUAUUGUAUACAAUUUAUACUUGAAGUCAUAUGCAGUUAUACCUUGGUUUAUUUGAACGGUCGUUACAUUCCAGCUUGAUCCUGUAGGAAUGUAUACGAUGAAAAAGGCUCAACAAGAGCCAUCAUGUUUUCAAAUGUAGCAACAUAUAUAAUACAGUAUGUAUUAAAGUACAUAAUUUCCAAUGUC